AUGCGCUUCGCAACCAUCGCCACCCCCCUCCUCGCCGCCGGCCUCACCGCCACCACCUCCGCCUCGCCCCUCCCCAACACCAACACCCCCCGCGCCGGCGCCCCCGCCUACAAGCCCAUCACGCCCCCCUGCCGCGUCACCGACCCCCUCCCGGCCACCAACGCGACGUCCGAUCCGACGACGGCGGGCCUGCGCCCCUCGGCCUCCCUCACCGCCUCCCACCAGCUCUACUCGUGGGACCGCCCCGCGUCCGACGCCGCGUACCUCAACGCGUCGACGCUGUGGACCGACUGCAUCGAGCAGUGCAACGGCCUCUCCGGCUGCGUCUCGGCCUUCCUCGCCUACGACGUGCCCGCCGAGCCGCGCUACGGCGCCCCCGGCGGCGCCCUCGGCAUCGCCUGCCGCAUGUUCGACGUCGCCGUCGCCGCCGCGGACUUCGCCCCCGUCGCGAACGGCUCGUACGUGCGGCCGGUGGCGGGCGUGAUCGGGGGCGAGGGGUGUGGGAAGGGGGAGUGA